AUGCACGGGAGAUGCCAGGAAGUGAGACGUGGCCAUGCGUGGUGGGAGAGCGUGGGGCAGCGGUGGGUAGCGGCAGCGAGCCCGGAGGUUGCAGGAGACGCGAGGGAGACCGUGGGGAUCGGGAUGGUUCGGCGGCGGCGCGUGGUGGUGAGGCAGCAGAGGAUCCAUGGAGGAAAGGUCCUGGUGGCCGCACGCGGGGAGCAUCGGGGGGAGGAGAGGUCAUGGCAGAGGCUGGUGGGAAGAAAGGGCGUGGUGCCCGGCGAGCUGGUGGAGGCAGAUGGUAGCCGCAAUGGUGGGUGGCGCGCUGUGGCCGGGGGUGAGCGGCGGCGGGUGGCGCACUGGGGCCCGGGUGGGCGGCGGCGGGAGGCGCGCUGGGGCCGACGGUGGGCGGCGACGGGCGGCGCGCUAGGGCCAGCGGUGGGCGGCGGCGGGUGGCAUCGGCAGCGGGAGAUCGGGGCAGAGGGUGCGAGAGAUGGGGGGGCCGAACUAGCGCCGGCACACCUCCAGACCGCUCUAUUUAGGCGCCCUGGGGGGGCGAACGGCUGGAGAUGCCCUAACCUCCCACGAUUCCAUCAUCCUCCUCCCACAGCGCCGCCGACGUCCACCGGCCUCCUCCUGCGCACCUUCCGUCGGCCUCCUCCCGCGAAAUCGACGCCGCCCGUCUCCAACGGAGCCAUCGGCAGCCUCAUCCCGCGGCCUUCCAGCCGCCCUUUUGCUGCGGCCACGCGCCUACCUCCGCCCGCGGCCUGCCCCCGGUCUUCUCCGGCGGCCGCGCGCCUUCCUCCUGCCGUUGCCCCGCUGCGCGAUCUCCUCCCGCGGACGCGCCGUUGCCGACCCCCAACAGGAUCCCGUGCCUCCACCACCCCCAAGAUCCUACGCCGUUGGGCGGGAUCUGGCACCCCGCAUCCACGUCCCGGCGAGCCCAAGCACGCCGUCGGCCGCGUGCACUCGACACGACACCUCCUGCCUCGCCACGUCGCCGCCUACCCCGUCAUCACUGCAACCACACAUUGCUCCGGCCGGGAUCCACCGCGCAGUCCAACCUUGUCCGUGCGUGCAGUCCUCCCUGUCUGCUCGCUUGACAGCAGAGCAAAAAGUGCUCCCAAAUCUGCAGAAAGAGCUCCUGACUUUUUAUGUCUGAAGUUCAGUUGUACCAUGGAGACGCCGUUCGAAACACUUGCAGGCGACGUGCUAACCAGCUGCAGGUCACAGUCUCCUUGAGUUGCAGGUCGCGCCCUUUACCCAUCAGCGUCGUCACCUGCGCCCUAGUUCAUAUUCUACGGCUGAAUAUUAUCGUAACAGUCUUCUUCAACCCAUUGUUUUUCCUCAAAAGGUUCAGAGUUCUAUUGGGUUAGAAGCCACAGGAGAGCAAUUAAAUUUGUGUUUGCUUUUCAGUAAAUAUUCUAGGGCUGAAUGUUAUGGUAACAGUCUUGUUUGAACCGUGGUUUUUCUUCAGAAGGUUCAGAGUUCUAUUGGGUUAGAAACAUGUACAGUUUGUCAGUUUGUUUCAGGUCGUUUAAAUCUGGAGUUCUGGACUCUCUGAUCUACCUGGUUGCUUCCGCUGGCCGUCGAAGCCUACCGAGGUGGUGCCCCACUGCUACCUCUGUCUCCCUGCACCCCUCCACACCACAAGGGCGACAGAGAUAUCAAAGUUGUUGUUGUUGCUCUUCUACCACAUCUUCAGGUUCGGAAAAGUUCAGCUUGGCACGGGAUGAAAGUUCAGCUGGUGGAGCCCUGGCAACAGCAACGUUUCGCUGUGCGGUGUAGGCUACGGCGGCAGCACCAUUUUAAUUUCUGCGUUUCUCCUACUGCCAACAGAGGAGAAGAACGGCCAGCACCGUGUUACUACUGCUACUGCUUGUUUUUGCAUGCACAGCCAAUUUGGGCGUUACCUGGAACAAGACAAAGCAAGAAAAUUAUGGAGUGAUAGAGAUAAAAGAGUAGUGUGCCUACGUGGUGUGGAUAUGAAACGUGUGGUGUGUGAGAGGACAAGAAAUGUGUGUUACUAUUCGGUGAUAAAAAUAACUUGUGAUUCAGAGAAAAAGCAACGUUCUAUUUACCUAGUGCUCAUGAUCAGCUAUAAAGCUUGCAUUUUUUAACUCCUAUUCACACUAGA